AUGUUGGUGCAGAUGACAGCAGACUGUAAUCCCGCGCGGGAGCGGGAUGCAGUCUGCGAGCAGACUAUCUGGAACAUUGAUAUGUAAAAUUUCUAUCAAUCUUAAAAAACACAAUUUUAUUUUCUAAAGGAGAACACUCCUGAGAAUGUGGAUAUAAAAAAGAAAGUUUUUGUGAAUCUUGAUAAUCUUGUGAAGAAUGACGACACAAUUCUUGCAAGUUCUACAUCUUGUAUCAUACCUUCACGUUUCACAGAAACACUCAAGCAUCGCAAACAAUGUAUCGUCGCUCAUCCGGUAAGCUGAAAAUUUGAACUUAAUAUAGAUCUUUUUGAAGUUUAUUUUUAAGACAGUGUCUUUGGAUAUUCCAGACUGGAAACUUGUCUUUGAACUAAGUUGUUUUCAUUCAACUCCUGGCAAUUAAUAUUAUUAUUGAUACAAUGUACUCCAAUACACUCUCGUAUUUUUACAAAAAUUAGAUGAGAAUUAAAUUGACAGAACGUUUCCUUGCUUUUCUGGGCUGCAAGAACUUGAAUACAUAAUUAGCGCAUGCCUCUAAUUUAUGCAUGAAUACUUGACUAAGUUGACUUGAUUUGCUGGUGGAGGUAAUCCAGUCAGUGCCUUUAGUUUAAUUUUGUCUCAGGCCAGAUGAUUGUACUUGUACAGGGAAAAGCUAGAAACAGUUUUUUCAAAACUUCAGGUGAAUCCUCCACAUUAUGUUCCGCUGGUUGAGAUAGUGCCGGCACCCUGGACUGAGAGCUCGGUUGUUGAAAGAACCAGAGCAAUUAUGAAAGAUAUUGGUCAGGCACCUGUCACAUUGAAUAAAGAAGUGAAUGGAUUUUUACUGAACAGAAUACAGUAUGCUAUUAUUAUGGAGGGAUGGCGAUUGGUUGAGGUAUGGUGCGUUCAUAUCUUGAUUAAAUUUUGGAACUGUUUUACUUCUGAGCGCCCUAGGCAGACUAGAAUAUCUGUGUAAACACUAGUGUGCCAAAACAGGGGUCAAUAUAGUAGAAUCAAAACUGUAAAGUUUUGAAAACAACAGCAGCUUGGCGUGUACGCACCUACGUACCUAUUUUUAUGUUUGUUUUGCAGGAUGGUGUAUGUUCUCCAGAGGAUGUGGACACGGUUAUGAGCAAAGGACUGGGAUUGAGAUACUCGUUCAUGGGACCAUUUGAAACAAUGCACAUGAACGCUGGAGGUCAGUGGGUCUCAAGACAUUUCAGGGCAGUAGGUGAUGGUCCAGAGAUCACUGUUGACACUCGUGGAGCUGGCAAAUGGGCAAUUCCAGCUAUUUGAAAUUCUGCUAUUUGAAAUCCCAGAACUUCGUUUUCAAAUGGCAGAACUCCCUUUUGAAAUGCCAAAACUCCGUUUUUAAAUCCCAGAACUCCGUUUUCAAAUGCCAGAUCUCCAUUUUCAAAUGCCAGAUCUCCAUUUUCAAGUGCCAGUCUCCAUUUUCAAAUGCCAGAUCUCCGGCAUUUUCAAAUGGCAGAAGUUACGGGCCUUAACAAAUUUUUGCACGGAUUUCAGGAAUUUUGGACUACUGUGAGAAAUAUGGCAGUAAUAUUGAGAAGAUAUGUGAAGAGCAAGGUGAAUCUAGACAGCUGCAUGAUUCAAACACUGCUCAGGUCGUUCAUGACGCCAUGUGUAACGCAAGUGUCCCUGUUGAGAAACUUGAAGAACGCAGAACGUGGAGAGACAAGCGCUUGGCAGCAUUAGCAGUACAUCAAGCUGGCCAGGAGGACUGA